ACUUCCUGCACUGUGCGCGUACAGUUGGUGUCAUCUGGAGCUUGAGUUGCUGCACGCGAGUAUCGAAGGUCUGACAAUGGCCAAGAACAAAUUAAGAGGGCAGAAGUCCAGGAAUGUAUUUCACAUAGCCAGCCAAAAGCACUUUAAGGCUAAAAACAAAGCAAAACCAGUUACCACUAAUCUUAAGAAAAUAAACAUUGUGAAUAAUGAAAAAGUUAACAGAGUGAAUAAAGCUUUCAUAAAUAUACAAAAGGAACUUGCACACUUCUCAAAAAGCCUUUCUCUUGAACCUCUACAGAAAAAGCUGAUUCCUCAGCAGCAGCAUGAAAAUGAACCAGUUAACGUUGACGAAGCUACAAGAUUAAUGGCUCAGUUGUAAUACAGUUAUGAUGCAUCAAAUUCCCCCAAAAGACCAAAAAAUUAAAUGUUUUGUACAAUUUUA